AUGCUGCAUAAACAGGCCCACAGUUUGAUCUUUCGCAACUUUUUAACGACCGAUUAUACGUCCACUAAGGCGACGGCCUUUACUCCAGAUAUCAUUCCUCAGUUUGGUAACACCGUCGAUCCGGCCCUUUUGAUCGACGAAUACGACCAGUUUAUCGGUCUUCCUGUUCAACCAAGCGAAAGAAACAAUAUUUACGUUCGAGGAAAAACGACAUCGAAUGUGGUGCCGGGAUCUAAAACUGCUAUCGUUCUCCGUGCCGUACCGAGCGAACUCAUUUUAUGGCCUCAAGCGUGGAACAAGGUGACACCGACUGGUCCAGGACCCUUGGUUAUUGAUUCUUCUAUUCCCAACAAAGUUGUUACGUUAAGCACGCCUUUCCAAUUUUCACCGUCCAACCUGUGUGGUUUCAACUUUGCGUUGAUUGCUACACAAACCCCACUCCCUGAAACCAAACGAAACACUCGUCUGAGAGACACAUUGCCUCCUCCUCCUCCUGACGCUAAAAAUUGGAGAGAACUCGUCAACUUCUUCAACACCGACACUUCGACAGUUUAUUAUAACGUCGUCGUCGCAGAUCCAAAUGCUCCUGUCAUCAGUGUUUCUACGCGUCUCCGUGUUGUUGACAAUGGUUCAGACCCACUCAACUUCAGAAUUACCAUUGAGACCUCGAUAAUGCCGGAGGGAACCUUUGUAUCUCUCUCUUCCUCGACUGGUCUGAUCAGCCUUCAAAAGACUCGUCUUGCAGACGACAUUGGUGUCCGGGUUAAGUUGGCGCCGGGAUUUGACGACAUUAUUACUCUUUGUAUCUUUCCUGACCCUAAAGGCAUCAUCGAAACCUUCGCCUGGGUAUCACUCCAAGCUAGUAUUAUUCCACCUCAGACAGUAAAUUCUGGAGCCACCCCAAUCAGCAAAGUCGUCUUACUUGGUGCUCUGAAUAUCAUUUUCCACGACGACGCUGCCACGAACUUGAAACAUGCAAGUCCUGCGGCAAAUCAACUAAAGAAGCUGGUUGAGACGGUAAACAUGGGGGAAAGGAGCGAGGUUCCUCAUGCCCAAGCGGGUACCAUUACUUCUCAGAGUACUAACGUAACCGGUGCUGCAAAUGGAUGGUGGUUCCGUGAUGCUAUAGGCGAUCAUAACCUCUUUCCGAGGACGGCCAGCCUGUGUCAUUCACCUGAUAUUCAACCUGUAGGUAUAACACCCAGGUCCGACUCUCAGCAAAUUCUAGGCGGGUCAAAUGCGAAUACGGAUUGGACCGAUGCGAAUCGUGUGGUUAUUCAACAAGGCGCGCCGAACUACAUAUACGUUCGUGGAAAUUGCACAUUGGGUAGUGACUAUCCCGUUCAAAUGCGACUCUUCUGUGUCCCAAGCGCUUUACUCCUUUACCCGCCUAUGUAUUCGCAAUUCUCGGUCACUGACGCUGAUGACCACAGUAAUCCGUUUGUUGCCAUUCGAAACAUCACAUCUACUUCUUACAAUAGUUUCAAUGUGGUGGACACGGCGUUCGACCUCUUAAACCCUCAGCGUCCACCAUCAGGAAGUGAUCACUACUGUCUAAUUGCCGAGACUCGCAGUCCGACUACCGAGAACCCCGACCCGGAUUGGCCACACGAAGACACAGGCUCAUUUAGCUCAGGCGCUGGAUUCAACACAUGGAUAGGUAGCACCCCUACCGUCUGUUGGAGAAAUGUUGGUUACAAGACUGGUGGUGCCCAAGUUAUAUGUUCUACCAAUGUCACAAUUCCAGCUGGACUAUAUUCGUCAUCUACUCAGUGGACAUUGGAAGUCGAUGCCGACAACGCCCCUGUCGGUUCCGCUUGGUCGUUGACUGGAAAUGGCCCUUCAAUUCCAGGUGUCAACAUCGGAUUUGCUCAAACAACAAUUACGGCCCCAAACAUGGUUGAAGGAUGCCACUUUACUGGGCUUCCCGCUACCGGAUACUCAUUCUCAGUCGUCCUUCAAUGGUUUUCCAAUGGCAAAACUCCCGGAAAUAAUAUGAAAUUCUCUUUCCUUUUGUAUACAACACAACGAACCACAAGCGCAAACGGUAAAUUGAUGAAAACUACCACCGCUAGGACCCACCGCCAAGAAGCAGCUGAUUGGCCAUUUACGGUCGGUAUACAUCAUCCAGGAGUCGAGGACAAAGGCGACGGCAACAAGAAGCACAUAGGAUAUCUCGGUCACCGCUUCAAGAAGGUCGGACGCAACCCUUGGCCUCAUGCGAAGGUGGACAAGGUGACUAAGUUGAAAUCCGUCUCACCUGUUCCCGUCUAUGCUAUUGGUUCGGACCACUGGAACGUGAAAUUCUGA